AAAGAGAGAGAGAGGGGGAGAGAGAGAGAGAGACCCCUAUACAUUAUUGGAGUGACAGAGAGAGAGAGGGAAAGGGAGAGAGAGACUCCUGUUGAACUAGAAAGAGAAGUUGGGAAGAGACAGUCUAGAUCACUGUUGUUCUGUCAUUGUACAGGGUUAUGUGUCUGAUUCAGUGUGUAGAUCAUUAAAUUUGGUGAUGACUGAAUUUCCAACCCAGGUGACCACGGAGACCAGCUCAGCUCAUUUACAGAGGAUCUCCAGCUCACAGAAUGCAAGCUCCACAUUUUCUGGGAUACAAAUCUCCCCAGACACAGCUUUCCUGAAGACCAUCCCUGCAAUGCUGAUGCAGGUGGAGAUGGUUCUGGGACUUCUGGUUUGGUCCCUUGUUGCAAGUCUCUACUAUAUCCCCCCGGCUCUCGUGGGGGUGAUAAUUAUCACCUUGUUGGUCUGGAUCUCUACUAUUUUGCUGUUCCUCUUCUACUUCUUCAGGGUCCCCCCCCAGUUCAGCUCUGUUCCCUGGCUAACACUGCUUUUGGUGUACAAUACUGUGGCAGCAGUCCUCUACCUCAUAUGCGCAAUGGCCAAUGCAGUGAACACAGGCCCCUUCCUGUUGCUGAUAGGGUACGAAAGCCUUGCAGCAUCCACGUGCCUCGCCAUACUGGUGACGGUGACCUACAGUGGCAGUGCUUUGUUUGCUUUUAACGCCUGGAAGAGUGCGAGGGCAGAGCCUGCAAUGGCCCCCAUCACUUCAUAAAACUCCAUCUGCCCAAACAAUAGUGAUCUCCGUCCUUCUUCUAACUACUUAUCUAUAUCACACUUAGAAAGGGGCAAUAAGAGUGUCUGACUGCCCAGAUGGACUGUGGUCUUAGAAAUUUUGAGCCUGGAAGCAGCCUGCCACUCAGCGUCACCUUAUGCCCGAAGCAGCCUGCCACUCAGUGUCACCUUAAGCCAGCAGAGCCAGGGUAAAACAGAAUUUAGCAAUGGAGAUUCUUAAAAAUGUGGUCUCAAUUUUUUCCAGAACUGUAUACAUUUGCCCUGGGAAGUAAAGAUUCCUCACCUAAUUACUGUAUGCUGUUACCUCUCCCUGGUCCAGCGUUUUUCUGGUUGCCCUUUCGGUUACACGCUCUCACCCAAUAUGGACUACCAAACCCUCGCCCUCACCGAGAAGUGUCCCAUAAGCAGCACAGCAGUUCCAGCUUAACCAUAAAACAUCUACCUGUUAGUAUAGCAGUGAGAAGCUGCACCAGCCACACAGCUGACCGAGAUUCGAGUCCCUGAUGGGGAAGGGCCUGGGUGUGUUUUACUUUUUAUAAAAAGAAAUAUUAUACUGGCAGUGUGUGGCUCAAUGAGUUAGCAACUUUCUGGUCAUAAUGAUCCUAGUUCAAAUCCCAGGGUUGGGAGAGAGAUUAUGCCAUUGGAUCCUUGAGCAAGGCCCUUAAGCCCCAAUUGCUACAGUGAUUGUCUAAUCCUGCUUUCUCCAAAAAUAUAAAUGUACACUGAUUUGGAUAAAAGUG